AUGUCGCCGCCUACAAAGUCUGGCAGGCCACCCAAGGAAGCUCUAGUUCCUACCGAGGCCUCAGGAGAUACUGGUGCUCCAGGCAAGCCCUCUGAGGGUGCUGCAGCUGCUGAUCAGUCCGGCGAAGCCCCUACGGUCUCUGGUGAACCAUCUCAGGAUGCGGCGGGCAUAGCCGAACUCACUAAGCCUCGUCAGACGCGCUCAUCGUCUCGCUCUUCAAAGAUGCGUAAAGAGAAACCCUCAGAGGGCUCGGCGGAAGCCGAGCAUAGGACCG